AUGGCGAUGCUUGGCGAAGCCUACUACGCCUACCUCUUCAUCUUCUGCGGUCGGUACGUCCAGGAAGACGCGGUGCGCCUCACCCUGGCCACUGUCUUCCACCUGCCACUGCUCUUCUGCCUGUGGUCGUACGCACAGACUACGUUUACGCCACCACCAUGCGUGCCGAGCUGCUUCCAGUUCACCAAUGACGAACGUCGCGAACUGGCGCGCUGCUCCCAUAACCCGCAGCUCGAGCGUCUAGCACUGGAAGACAUGGCAACCAGGCGCGGCAUCCUCACGAGAUUCGCGAGCGGUGCAGUGAGCCGCUGCAAACCCUGCGACCUUGUAAAGCCAGACCGUUGUCACCACUGCUCGAAAUGCAAAAGGUGUGUUCUAAAGAUGGACCACCACUGCCCCUGGUUCAACAACUGUGUAUGCUUCAGCACGUACAAGUUCUUCCUCCUCACGCUGUUCUACGUCGUUUUCCUGGCAGCCUACGCUGUGGCCAGCGUGGCCGUGUACAUGCUGCACAAGAACCCACGUCGCCGUCUUCUGCACCGCUCGCGCCACAUAACCUUCCUGCUGGUUGUCGGCGGAUCGACGUUCGUCAUGAUGGGAGGCUUCCUCUGCGCGCAUCUGUCGUUCGUCGUGCGCAACCGCACUACGAUCGAGUCGGCAAGACGGCCCAGUUUCAAGGAAAGCGAUGACUCAUUCGACAUUGGAGCUCGCAGAAACUUCCUGGCUGUGUUUGGACUGAAGGCGGCCCUGUGGUUGAUCCCAGUGUUCACCAGUCUGGGAGACGGGUGUCAUUUUCCGACGAGGCGGCACCCCGACGGGACCGAGUUGAUAGAAGUUACGACACUCCAGUGUGCACAGUCGGCGGGUGCUUCAGCAGUGGCAGCCGACCCAAAGGCGUACGGAGAGCCAGGGCCUCAAGGUCCCUUCUCUGCGUCUACGCCGAAAGAUGCCGCUGUCACAGAAACGUCACUGGCUGUCUCCACGCACAGUGAUAUUGACUACCCAACGCCAGAGCCGACUAUUACGACCACUAUGACUCAAAAAUUUAAUCGGUACCCUGCUGAUAGCAAGUACAUAUGUGAUGGUGCCCUCAGGUCAUCAUGCAACACGCCCGUUACAGCUGUGAAGGGGCACACGGAACCAUUUGAUGACGGCUCUAUGGCCGCGCUAGCACCUGUGUCGUCCACUGUGUCAUUGCAGUUAGGUGAAACGUAA